UUCAGUUUAUAUAUACAAUUGUAUGUAUAUAUUUUUAUUUUUAGUCAUUUUGGUACAAUGGCUUAAACUACAUACAAAUGGAAAAAAAUAUGUAUUUAAAUGAAUUAUUAUUUUUUAAUUAAAUUAAACUAUUAUAUAUGUUAUUCUAUGUAUUUUACUUCAAGAGACAAAUACUUUUUUAUGGCUUUAGUUUUAGUUAACUAAAAGAACCCCAGUAGUUACAGGUAACUAAAAUAAAUACAGGUCCCUGAUAAAUAUGGGUAAAAAUUGAAUAAAUACCAGCAACAAUUUGAGUACAGCUUUGAGUACUCGUGUGAAUAAAUUAUAUAUUUGAACCAAAUAAUAAAGUAUUUCGAAGUGAAAUAAAAUGAAAUUUGUUGGAUGAUCAGUAGUGAUUCGGGAAAAAGGAUCAUUCUUGGUAUUUUAUUACUUACUAGUGCCUAACCAUGAAUUAAUCAUGAAGAAACUAGUUAUUACAUAAUCAGAAAUUAAUGUUAACACGUAAAUAAUUUAUUACAAGUUCUAUAAAUAAUGUAUAAGAAGUGUUUAUAGCGAGAUUUUUAAAUGUAUUACACCUCCGCAGGAGCUGCCAAGAGUAUAUGUUGCAUAACGUUCAUGAGAGUUGUUAGAGACUGUCAAAUAUAUUUCGUCAGGUAACCUAAAACGAGAACUCAAACGAACAAGUUUUAAGUCAAAAUAUAACCAAAUCUACUAAGGCUACACCAACAAAGGUUGUCUUUAAUGUGCAUUUUGCACGAUUUAAUUUUUUUUUUUUUUCACAGUCAAGCUAAAUAUUUCACUACAAAGAGAAUUGGUGAAAACCAAAUAAAUCACAAGUAAAUUGACGGUUACAAAGUGAUUAAAAAGGGAAAUCUGUCAAUGCCAUUAAAUAUAAAAGAACAGCUCAGAACGGUUCAAUCCAGUCUCAGUUGAUUUGUUUUAAUAACUAUAACUAAUAAUGCACUACAUUAGGUGUCUCUGUGAACACUUUAACAGCAUUAUGCAUUCGAAACACACACACACACACACAAACAGCUUAAAUGUUCUCAGGAAUGCUAAAGACCCUGAGAUGGAGAAAGAGAGAGAGAAGCUGUGAAAACAGGUAGGUGGGCAGGAGCAGGAUGAGUAUGCAGCAGGAGCUGAAAGCUUUGCAGUCCGAGCUUUCAAACACACUGCUAUCUCUGCAUCUUUUGCACACAAACACAUGCUGCUUUCAAAUAAUGGGAGAAAAGGCAGCAUCGCAGCAUUAAAGAAACGAGGACUGCUUGGGAGGGGGGACGCUCUCUCUGGAUUGGACCAUGAGCAAUGAGUCUGCCAUAUGGCCACACCAGAACAGAACUUACCCCACCGACGUCCCGCUGUCAUCAGGGACACAGAAUGGCUAUGUCCUCCUGCUGGUCCUCUUGUCCGUCUUUGUCGGGGGGACGCUGGUCCUACUCUCUGUCCUUCUGAUUGUCUGUCGCCGGUAUUGUGAAGGGGACAGACGCCAUGCAUGGUUCAUUGUUUGCCUCAGGGCUAGCGAUGACACCGAGAAAAGUAAUACCACCUAUGUGGAGGAGGCCCAGCCAGUGCAUGAGAUUACGAUUCGCGUCGAUGAGUCAGAUUGCCUGUCGGCAGCCAGCUCCCACGACAUGGAGACUGAGCGUUUCCUCUCCACGGGCACGACCGGCCGCCGGGUCUCCUUCAACGAAGCAGCGCUCUUCGAUCACAGCAAGAAAACACAGGAGAAAGGUCGAAGGUACACGCUUACGGAGGGCGACUUCCAUCACUUGAAGAACGCGCGGCUCACCCACCUCCAUCUCCCUCCACCCGCCCUCCAGAUACUCACCAUCCACGAGUGUGAGUCAUCAGAGAACAGUAUUGCCAUGACGACGCGCCCCGUCGCUAAAUCCAGCCUCUCCAUUUUUCAGCCACCAGUGUGUUCACUGCCCCAGACUGGUCUCAGUCCCAGCUCUGCCCUUCCUGGCGACGCUCUCAAUUCCACUGUGGACAAGAUGUUCUGCGAGAGCAUUACAGUGGCCAGUCCUGAGCUGUCCAGCCCAUGUUUAAUGGAGGUCAGAGGAGGAGUUGGGAAGAGCACAGGCAUCAUGGGUAAUGGUAGAGAGGGUGUAUCAGCCUCAUCCACGGCCCUGUCCUCCUCUGGCGGGGCCCCACAGGGACCCAUGCUGCAGUUCUUCACCAAGCUCCGGCGACACGCCAGCCUGGAGGGAGCGAGUCCCUACUUCAAGAUCAAGAAGUGGAAGUUCGACAGCAGCCAGAGAGCUUCAAGUCUAGACAUGAGAGGUUCCCCCAAGCGGAGGCAGUUCCAGCGGCAGCGUGCAGCCAGCGAGAGCAUGAACCAGGAGGAGCAUGACGCCCAUCAUAUCGAUCUCAUCCAGUACAUCGCUCGCACCAAGGAUGUCACCUACUGCCCCACCCGGGCUAGUCCACAUCUUCUACCCCCCCCUUCCACACCCCCACCCUCACUCGGCAGGUUAGAGGUGGAGGUGAUGGUGGAGCCCAGCUGCAGCAGAGCGAUGGGCCCCGGGGUGAUCGGCCUCACCUCUGAGCCCCCGGAUGAGAGUCUUGGAAUGGGCUAUCAUCAGGAGAGUUUAGAACAUCAGACCUUGUACCGUGAUAUCUGGACUCUUCGCGCGUCCCUCGAGCGGUAUGUCUCAUCCGACCAGAGCAGUAACAAUGACAAAGACUCCAUCCGUAGUGACGCAGACAGUGUGUGCUCUUUAAGGGGCAAGACCGAGAUGGAAGGGCUGCCUAGGUACCCCUCACAGGAUAUUGAGGAUGAGAUGGAGGGGAAUGCUGACGCGCCUCUAGAUGAAGGACUGGAGAAAGGUCGCAAACAGGAUAGUGUUGAUUCUGAAAGGGGAAGUGAUGGGGAGCCAGGGAACCGCAAGUUGCUCCAAAUGGACAGUGGUUACGCCUCGAUAGACGCACCUUCGCGUGCUCCCGAGGAGUUGCGACUGUUUGGUAGCAGCAGUAGCAGUAAGGAUGGCUCCGCCGUGGAGCGUAGGCACUUCUUCAGUUCCGGUCACAGAGGGACCGUGUGCGAGAGCUUCGACACGGACAUCUUCGACGAAGAACUCGAAGAGGAACCUGCGGGUGCCAACGGCGGUGUGGACAGAGUGGAAACGGACAAGAGCAGCAUGCUCUGGUCCCCCUAUGGCCAGAUGUUCACUCAACGUGAUGCUCAACCUCAUCCCCCCAUCCUUUCCCGCCGCGACUACAGCAUCGAUGAGAAAACAGAAGCACUCUUCUACGAGUUCUUACGGCACGACCCGCAGUUCGAUCAGCAGGAGUCUCCACUGCGCUCCAAGCAUCGUUCCAGGGUUCACCUGCGCAAGCAAUGGCAGCGCUCCAAACAGUACAGCGACCCCGGCCAGCACUUCCAAUCCUCUUUUGAUCGGUACCGCACUCCGCUUCGACGUGGCGAAACAGUCAACUAUCCUCUAGAGACUAGCUAUCACAGCACACUCCCACGAAUCAUUAGUGCACCUGAUGAAGAGAGCAGCGAAGGUGCAACCAGUACUCCUGAGACACCCAAGGCAGAUCAGGAUACCCCUACUGACGUGGAUCCCUACAUGAUAAGAAUAUCUUCUAGCACCGGAAGCAGUGGAACCAUCAAUGAAAAGGAAGUCCUUGAGGCUUCGCAGCCCCUUCCAAUGACUGAAAUUGCUGAAGAGCAGUCGGUGGGCCAAGAAAACUCUAGACAAAUGUUACCACCACCUGAGCCUCCCGAUGAACGUUCACCCGAAUGUACAAGCUAUGGCCCACAGACAAUCACAGAAGAGCUGAGCGACAAGUUAGCGGCUACUCUCGAAGAGCGGCUAUACUCCGAUCUCCGCAGGACCAGAGAAACGCCCGAGUGUAGUGUAGUGACUGUGACCUACACAUCGCCCGAUCACUGUCCAGUGUAGCAUGUGGCUCCCUUCAUCUCCUCAUACAAGAACACUUUGUGGCAACUAGGUCCAAAGUUUUGAUCAACAUUGGCUCCGAUCUGGAACAGGUUUGCUUUGGUCAUUUAAAUGGCGUCGAAAUCAUUGUCAUUAUGUCCUAGACCAGUGGUGUAGAGACAUUUCUUCCAUGCUCAGUGUUAAAUAAAUGGCAAUUAAGGCUCAUACCUCAUGUUGCUCAACGCACCAAGUCUUAAACAAAAUUAAAUGUCAAAGUCUGUUAUUAAAGCUCUCCAUUUAGGUACUCGUUGACUUUAAAAGCCAAUAUUUUCUCUGCACUAGGUAAUCCACUGUGAAAUUGGGUGCUAUUAGAUUAAAGAUUUAUUAAAUUUUUAACUGCAUGAAUUAUAUUGCAGUGCUGCCUAUUCAGAUGUCUGUUCAUGACCCAAAUUAUUAUUAUUAUUUAUUUAUUUUUUAAAUGGUUUAAAUGUAUACCAGCUAGUCCUCCAUUUAAGUUUUGGUUUCUGAAGAUGUAAUACUCAAUAAUAUUUAUAAUUAGUAUCUGCUUUUUGGUGUUGUUGUGUAGCUACACCUGCUUUCAGAUUUAAUAAAUCAAAUUUUAGAGAAAAUAUAAUCAUAAUUGGGAUAAACAUUAGAAAUGUCCUUUUAUGGGUAGACAUGUCUAAAUAUGUCACAUAACCUGUAUUUCAAAAACAACAGUGUAUCUGAAACACCAUGGCAUUUGUCCCGAUCCUAAGGGAACUUAAGUGUUUCCCAAUUUAAUUUCACAGUGUUUGUAAAUUGGGUUAAAUAAGAUGGAAUUAGAUGCAUUAAAUCAAUAGGAAAGUUAGCUUGUUCACCACAGACACGUUUGCAAUCCAUUAUAAAGUGUCCUUUUUUCCUUUAAUAGUAUUAUUUUAUCAUUGAAGUACUGAAUGGCUAAAAUUGCCUCUUAGUAAGAUGCUAUAAUCUUUCGACUAUUGAAUUAUUUUUAUUAUUAUUGGGCUUUUCAUCUUUUAAAUGUAUAAUUAGUUUGUUCUGUAUUGUUGAUCAUAUCUGUGAGAAUGAGAAAUAGACAUACUGUAUAUAGUGCCAAAUUCUCGUCAGUUAAUACCAAACUUAAACAAAUAGACAAAAAAACACUGUAAGCAACAGAUGGGGAAAUAGGGAAAGAAAGAAAAACAGUCCUGCAAAAUAACAAUCACAGACAUGUCUCUCUAAAGGUUUGAAUCAGGCCCGAGAUAUUUGUAUGAAUUUCAUUGUGUGAAGGGCAUGCAUUUUCUUGCAUGUAUUUCACAAAAUGAGCUCUGUGUGUUUGUUAGCAUUGCUUUUAUGUGAAAAUUACCAAGACGAGAAUCCCUAGAGGUGGACAACUGCCUUUGGACAGAAGUUUUUUUUUAUCAUUUAAAGCAAAUCCCACUGCCUAGCAUAAGCAAUUGCUGAAUCUCGGUACAUAUUCCACCAUUUACAUAGAACCAAAUUAUUCCGAUAAAAUGGGAUUCUAGUAUUCCCAUCUGUCAGCUCACAGUAUGGAUUGUGUUCUGUAUCGAUCCUUAUGGGUUUGAUCUUCUCGAAAGCUUGCAAACAAAAGGUUGUCCUUGGCAGAUUCUCAGCUGUGAUGUGUUAAAAAUUCUAUCAUUGUGAAAUGUGAGCGAAAAGGCCAUUGGCCAUAUAUAGAGGCUCUUGAUUUAAUGAAGAAAAACCUUGGGUAGCAUCCACAGGCCUUGUCUAUGAAAGCACACAUUGUUUUGUGGCCUUUUAGGGUGAUUGUUUGAGCUAUUGAGUAGUUCUCAAAAAUGUUCAUGUACUAUUUAGGGUACAUCUAAAGUGCCGUCCAGAAAUAAAAGGCUUUCAUUAUCUAGGUGAACAAUGACUGAUGUGUAUUGGAGUAAUUAACAAUGCCAUUGAAAAGAGAGCUUCAGACUAACUGAUACUGCUGAUUGAUUGUUUCUGGUUAAAUGAAACGUAUUGACCAUCUCACAUAAUCGGUAUGGUGCCUUCCUGUGUGUUUAACAUUUAAUGGGAUAGUUCACCCCAAUAAAUAAAUAAAUGAAUCAAAUUUUUCAAAAAAUAAAAUAAAAAUAAAAAGUCCAUGCAGUCCAUAGUGUUUGGACCCCAUUGACUUCCAUUGUAUGGACAAAAAAAUAUUCAAAAUAUCUUCUUUUGUGUUUAACACUUGAAAGGCAGUCAUACAUGUUCAGAAUGACAUGAAUGGCAUUAAUUGAAUAGGCCAAAUUACCUCACUGCACUGCAGAAAUAUGAAUUUGAAAAGUGGUACUUUGCAUCAAAUAUAUGUACACCAGUGUUAGCAAUUACAAAUCCAGUCUUCGGUUUUGAUCAACUGUAAUUCGUAACAUGUCAGGGACAGUGAAAUCUGUACAAAGGAAAGUAGAAUUGUAUAUAAGCACAAUGAGCUCCCAGGCAAUAGAAUAGUCUACAGUACGUCAUGGAUUAGACAUAAAGCUAGUUGGGAACUUUGGGUGAUAUGUGCAAAAUCAAAUAGUCUGUUGGUUGAUGGAUUACUGCGUAUAGAUUUGCAUGUGAUGACAAAUUAAUGUUUAGCAGAUCCAAAAUGAAGCACCAGAUGACAGAUAUUUUUAGACUCUGAGAAUGAAAAGAAAUAGACUUGGUACUAAAAUAUUGUAAAGUAUUUUAAGGAGUCGGUUAUUUUAGAAGUUCUGCUUUGCUGACUUAAUGAGAUUUUUUGCACAUAUUGGACAAAAAGGAUUAUUUCUAUUGCUGACUAUAUUUCGAUGAAAGAGAAAAUAUAUUUAUGUGCAAGGAAGAAAAAUCUGUAAAAACCUGCUUGACUAAUUACAAAAAAAAAAAAAAAAAAAAACGAAAAUGAGAGAGCGAUCUGGAUCUCUUUGUUCUAGAUCUGAGCCUUGAGGGACCAACCAAUCGAAAUGUUUAUUUUAAUGUUAUGUUUUUCCAACUAGUCAAUAAAGAAUGAUGCAUUGCGA